ACUGACUCUUGCGGAGGAUUCUCGGAAAUAUUGCGAGUGGUCGGUGAACGAGGUAAAAAAUCCGAGGACAUCCAUCAAAGAAAGGAGCUCUGAAACAGGAUUUGAAAGACAUCAUGCAAACUAACUGGAGAUUGCGGAGACAAUCUCUCAUCUUCAACGAAGGGCUGCGGCUGCUGAUGGAAUGUAAGGUGCCUGAUUUCAGCUCCCAACAGGAUCCGGAUGAUCGGGCCCAGAUGCAGCGAAGAUGGUCCGAGGGAUUGUUAGAUGUGCUUCCCCAGUUCUUAAACUUUAUCGAACGGCACCGGAAAACGCUGUUCUACGAGGAAUGUGGCCCGGUAACUUGGGAAUUUCGAAAGUACUUCCUGUUGGUUUAUUUUGAACAGAUCAGUCUGACAUACGAAUACGGUUGGUUCCAAAUGAAUGGUGAGGACGACGAUGGUAUCGAAUAUCGCUUGUCAAAAUUCUGCAUGUCAGUAGAUAACAUCCUCACUAGAGAUGCAAACUCGGGCAUCCGGUGCUGGUUGUUCCACUAUUACGGAAGUGUGUUGGGAAUGGAGGGGUGGCAGCAUCGAGCGGGAGAGGUCUACAGUUUCGUUCGAUUAUUCCACUUUUUGGUGGAGUACGAUCGGGUGAUGGACGUGCAAUUCGCUCCGAGGGUACUAUCUUUCGUGGAAAUGUUUGGAAAACAGCUGCUGACCUGUCGGCAAGUCACGGAUUAUCAGAUGAUGGGCCUUAUGUUGAUGAACACGCUCAUGAAACAUACGUGCAAGAAUCAUAGGUAUUUUAGGCACGAUAAUGAGGUGAUAUUGGAAUUGGUUCUACCCUUGAUUUGGAAAGAAACAGCUUCCAACACAUCAGCGAAGAAUUUGUGGAAUGUUAUCUAUUAUUCUGCCAGAUCAAUGUGUGAUAAAAAUCCUUCGCUGGACGAUGAAAUCAUGCGCACUUUGCUGGCCCUUCUGAAUGAAAACGAAGAUGACAUAGAUCAGUCGCACGUUCAUCUGAGAACAGUGACACGACUGCUGCUGUUGGACGCACCGGAAAUUAUGGUACAAGGACCCGAAGUAUUCACCGUUUUCGGCCGCAGAUUCGAGCAGAAAGAGUUUCGCUCGUACGUGAGGAACCGUCUGCAAGGCUACGCCGAGGCAAGGAAUUACCGAUAUUCGUUCCACUGGAGAUUGCGAAUCGGACAGAUUAUUCCGAAGCUAAUUACACGGUUUGCUAUUUUUUCUACUAGAUGUUAUUUUUCGCGCUACUAUCUGCAAGAGCUGAACCUACUGGUGUGGGUGGUAAUGUUCCCCAUCGGGCAAACCUGGCAGCGUCAACGAGCCCAAGGAACAAUGUUGAAUUGUUUGCUAAGCAAAAUUGAGACAACUACACGUUCUGUAUGGGAAAGCUUAGAACAAAGCCCCAUACAGGAUAUGGCACUGCUGCAGGAAUGGCAUCUUCAGCAUAAUGUCCUAGUGGCUCUGUCAGGCACCAUCGCCGACGCCUUUUUGGAGCUGGUACAAAAUCUACGGCGGGACUCGGAGCAGGUCCAAUCGUUGAUCCGCAGUGUGUUAAUGCAAAUGAUGGGAGCACACUACAUGCUGGAAAAUCUGAACAGAACGCUGGAGCGUUUGAUCAACGCGGCGAAAAAAAUACGGAGAGCUGGAAAUAUGGUAGCCAAUGAAUGAAGAUACCGCGUGCGAACCUCGGGAUGGGCGGUGUCUUUCGGCGCGGACAUAUCGAUAAUAUAGACUCAGGAGCGUCUACAAUGAGCUAGCAAAUCUGCGCUUUCGAACAAGUUAAUGCUUUUGAAAAGAUAAAAAUCAGAAUAUUUUGGAAUAUCGCCUAUUUAGAUAAAUACUAUUGUUAAAAUAGUGCCAGUUAUGCUUCUGAUAUGUACCUAUAUUUACUGAAAGGUUGCAAAAAUCGCCUUAAAUCAACAAAUAUAAUAAAAG